UUUGUCUGUCCCUUAAAAAAAUAUAGUCUUCUUUUCGUUGGCGCGCUCUUGUGUAUUCUCCAUUCUCCGAGUAGCUUACUACUUUAAAAUUUAAACCCUAAAACUCAUAUACUCGUUUCCUACUACAGAAUUCAGAGCACAAACAAAUCUCUCCAAAAAUGGUUCUCUUGUUUUUCGUUCUCGAUUUACGAACUCUCUCUCCUCCAUUAUUAUCACAAGUAAAGCAGUGUUUGUUGGAGCUGGCGAAUUUAUACGCAUUAUCUGCUCCUACAUUGAAUUUGAAGCGCCAUAAUUCUGAUUCCUCACUCGAUGAUCGUAUUGGUUUGUGCUAUUUGCGAAGUUCUGCGGUUUCUUCCUCUGACGAGUUUAAGACUGCAUACUGUCCCAGGGGAAGAAGCUUCAAUCUCCGUGAUUUCCAUUAUGCAGUCCACCAUUUGCCCUCUGAUUCCUAUUUACCACUCUUGCCUGAAGAUUCUGGAUCCUUCCUUUUACGUGAUGUGGAAUUUUCAAGCAUCCUCAGCAAUGAAGUGUUUUACUGUGCCGGCAGUGAAGAAAUCGAGAAGAAAGUAAUUCUUGUCAGCUCAUGUCUAGUUGCGAAUAUGGACUCUAAGAACAAAACGACUCUCCUGGAUGCUGCUGACAAAUGCAUAUCUGUGGAGUUUGUGUUCCUUGAGCAAAAGUCAAGCCAACUCAGUGAUAUCUCAGAGAAGAUGAAUGAAUUUAGGGGACAAAUAUGUGAGCUUGAAAACUGUUCAUUUAAUGCAUAUCUUCCAGAUGUACAGGUACUCAAUGGCCUGGCAAAAAGAUGGUUGAGAGAGUUGAAAGAGAACACAGUACUCUUGCAGGCUCAUUUUCUUUUCCAGAGGAGCAUUUCUGGUUCUGUGAACCGAAUAUGUUGCAGGUUGUGUGAUUCCACAAAUCAAAUAUUGGACAGAUUUAAUCCGCGUGAGGCCCAUAGGUGUCUUGGUGUUCGAAGGGACGAUAGGGAUGGUCAUGGAUUCGAGGAUUGUCUCUUGUCUCAUGUCAAAAAGCAUGAUAUGGAACUGGAUAGUACUGACAAUAACUCCACCAGUGCUGGUGAAAAUGGCUUACUGACCAAAGCAUCUCAGCAAUGCUGGAAGGACCUGUGUCAUGUUCCAUCAACUAUUAUCUUUAACAUAAUUGAGAGGACUAGUUUGGCUUCAUUAAGUGAAGGUAUAAUGAUCGGAAGACCUUACUUUGUCAUCCCAUCAGUUGUUCAGGAGUCGGAUACUGCUCCCGAAGACAGUGACACGUGUCAGUUGAAUAAUAGGCUUUUUCAGGGACUUUGUCGUGCUCUGUACUCAAUGGACCAGGGUCUGGUAUGCUGGUCAUUUUGCAACUUAGAGAUUAUGAGCGAAACUGAAUUUACCUACUACUACAUUCUUCUACCCUCUGACAGUGGACUGAUGCUGCUCAGGCGGCUUGUAGGAGCUGAGGAAAUUCUGCCCUUUCCUGAUGUAAAUAUGAAUGAUUCUUCAACUACUGAGGAGAUUGAUUGUUGCAUUCAACAAUGCCUACUUGAUGUGGAACUAAGAGAUUACAAUCCGGUGCAGCAUAAUGGAGGAUUCCAUCAGAACCUCAACCAACUUGUUGAAGAGAGUUUACAACCUGGGCAGGUAGCCCCAGUAAUUUCAACAACACCCUCAACUUCUACCUGCCUUGAUGAUGUGGCAGUCUUAUUACAACCUAGUCUAGUGAGAAAUAUUGCAACUCUGCCAAGGGAAGAUCUUGUAGCUCUGUCAGGGCGAGAAACUGCAGCUGUGGCAGUGCAAACGUGUGCAUCUGAUCAGGCUGAUGAAGAUGACAAGGGUAUUGCAAGUCUUGCGCAUGAAUGGGAGCAGAAAAUUGUCGGUGGUAUUCCGAGGAUGGGCUCCGCUCUUGCUGACCCCAAUUUGGAGAAGGCACGAGCAUCUCUGCCAACAAGUCACAGAACGCUGGACACAAGAACUUCAAAUAUAUUACAGAGGUUGGGUAACCCUGAACUGAUCAAGACUAAGGCUAAGACACAUAAGAUACUGAGUGGCUUUGCUACACAUGGAAAUGGAACAACAAACAACCAUUUUUCUGUCGACGUUGAUGCUGUAGAUCAAGGUUCAAAUACCACCAGCAACUUAAUGAAGCCGACUUUUCAAAGACUGAAAAGGAAACAAAGGUUAGAGUAGCAUUAGUUUGGUGGAAGGCUGGAGUAGGGGGAACUUUGCAUCAUACAGAUUCCUAUAAGAAGAGGCCGACUUAAGAAUAACCAGCUCAUGUUGUACCUCUUUGUUAAGACUGACAUCAUUUGUUCGUAGACUCUUUUGUAGUCUUCCUUCUCAUUUGCCAUGCAUUUUUGAAUUAUUAUGCGACUUUAACCUUGUACAUACUACAUAUCAUUACAAUUUUGCAACAAUCGUCCAAUAGAAUAUGUCUGAUUAAUUCUA